ACAUUGAUCAGCUGACUCAAGGUACCCAGCAGGCUCCCCGUGAGUAAACCAGAGGCUUCACUACAAGAUGACCCAUAGGGGUAACAGAGGACCUACCAGCAGGCUGACACUUGUGACUCUCCUGUUUGCCCUAAGUCCUGAACUUCUGUUCCUGGGAGCCGGAUUGAAACUGAAAGAGAAUGGUUAUGAUGGAUUACUUGUUGCGAUCAAUCCUCGGGUACCCGAGGAUAUGAAGCUGAUUACAAACAUUAAGGAAAUGAUAACUGAAGCUUCCUUUUACCUGUUCAAUGCGACCAAGAGAAGGGUGUUUUUCAGAAAUGUACAGAUUUUAAUACCUGCCACUUGGACAGCUCAUAAUUACAACAGAGUGAAACAAGAAUCCUAUGACAAGGCAAAUGUCAUAGUGACUGAGCAGAAUGGGGUGUCCGGGGAUGAUCCAUAUACCCUACAACACAGAGGGUGUGGAAAAGAGGGGAAAUACAUCCAUUUCACACCCAACUUCCUACUCAACGACGAGUUAGCAGCAGGAUAUGGCUCACGAGGCAGAGUGUUUGUCCAUGAGUGGGCCCAUCUCCGCUGGGGUGUGUUUGAUGAAUAUAACAAGGACAAGCCGUUCUACGUGAAUGGACAGAAUGAGAUCCAAGUCACCAGGUGUUCAUCUGACAUUAAGGGCAUUUUUGUGUGUGAAAAGGGCCUUUGCCCCCACGAAGACUGCAUCAUUAGCAAGCUUUUUAGGGAAGGAUGCACAUUCCUCUACAACAGCACCCAGAAUGCAACUGGAUCAAUAAUGUUCAUGCAAAGUUUACCUUCUGUGGUUGAAUUCUGUGAUGAAAGUACCCACAACCAAGAAGCCCCAAACCUCCAGAAUCAAGUAUGUAGCCUCAGAAGCACUUGGGAUGUGAUCACAGAUUCCUCCGACCUGAACCACAGCCUCCCUGUGCUUGGUGUUGAACUUCCAGCCCCUCCCACGUUCUCCCUCUUGCAGGCUGGUGAUCGAGUGGUCUGCUUAGUGAUUGAUGUGUCCAGGAAGAUGGCAGAGGGAGACAGACUCCUCCGAUUCCAACAAGCAGCCCAACUGUACUUGAUGCAGGUUGUCGAAGCUCACACUUUUGUAGGCAUUGUCACUUUUGAUAGUAGAGGAGGAGAAAUCCGAGCCCCGCUGCAACAAAUCAACAGUGAUGAUGACCGGAAGCUGCUGGUUUCGUACCUGCCGACCGCUGUGUCCACUGAAGCGGAAACGAACAUCUGUGCAGGGGUGAAGAAAGGCUUUGAGGUGGUUGAGAAGCAGAACGGAAGAGCCGAUGGCUCUGUCAUGAUAUUAGUGACCAGUGGAGCAGAUGAACACAUCGAUAACUGUUUGCUCACCACGAUGAGCAGUGGGUCCACCAUUCAUUCCAUGGCCCUAGGUUCCUCUGCAGCCAGAAAAGUGGGGGAAUUAUCACGUCUUACAGGAGGUUUAAAGUUCUUCAUUCCGGAUAAAUUUACUUCUAAUGGAAUGACUGAAGCCUUCAGUAGAAUUUCUUCUGGAACAGGAGAUAUUUUCCAGCAAAGCAUACAGCUUGAAAGCAUGUGCGAAACUGUGCAACCCCAGCACCGACUGACAAAUACUGUGACUGUGGAUAGCGCUGUGGGCAAUGACACGUUUUUCCUAGUCAUGUGGCAGACCGGUGGUCCUCCUGAGAUUGCAUUAUUGGAUCCUAGUGGAAGAAAAUACAUCACUGGUGACUUUAUCAUCAAUCUGGCCUUUCGGACAGCCAGCCUUAAGAUUCCAGGCACUGCUGAGCACGGACACUGGACUUAUACAUUGAACAACACCCACCAUUCUCCUCAAACUCUGAAAGUGACAGUGGCCUCCCGUGCCUCCAGCCUGGCCAUGUCCCCAGCCACUGUGGAAGCCUUUGUGGAAACAGAUAGCACCUAUUUCCCUCAGCCAGUGAUAAUUUAUGCGAGUGUGAGGAAGGGUCUGUAUCCCAUUUUCAACGCCACCGUGGUGGCGACAGUUGAGCCGAAGUCUGGAGAUCCCAUUGUGCUGCAACUUUUGGAUGAAGGAGCAGGUGCUGAUGUUAUAAGAAAUGAUGGAAUUUACUCCAGGUACUUUUCCUCCUUUGCUGUAAGUGGUAGCUAUAGCUGGACAGUGCAUGUCCAUCACUCUCCCAGCAUAAGCACCCUAGCCCACCCUGUCCCAGGAAACCAUGCUAUGUAUGUGCCAGGUUACAUAACGAAUGAUAAUAUUCAAAUGAACGCCCCCAAAACAUCAGGCCGCAGACCUGUGAAGGAGAGGUGGGGCUUCAAUCGAGUGAGCUCUGGAGGUUCCUUCUCAGUGCUGGGAGUCCCAGAUGGCCCCCACCCUGACGCAUUUCCACCAUGCAAAAUUACUGACCUAGAAGCCGUGAAAGUGGAAGACGAUGUGAUCCUCUCUUGGACGGCACCUGGGGAAGACUUCGAUCAGGGACAGACUACAAGCUAUGAAAUAAGAAUGAGCAAAAGCCUGCAGAGUAUUCGGGAUGACUUUGACAAUGCCUUCCUGGUGAACUCCUCAGAGCUAAUUCCUCAGCAUGCUGGCACCAGGGAGACAUUUACAUUCUCACUCAAGCUUGUCACCCAUGAACUUGGUCACAAACCUGAUGAAGAUGCACAAGAAACCAACAUAGUGUAUGUGGCCCUGAGAGCCAUGGAUCGAAGCUCCCUCAGGUCGGCUGUGUCAAACAUUGCCCUGGUAUCAACGUCUCUUUCCCCAAACUCUGCUCCUGUAGUGAGCAGAGAUAAUCUGAUCCUGAAAGGAGUUUUAACAGUAGUAGGUUUGAUAUCAAUCCUUUGCCUUAUUAUGGUUGUAGCACACUGUACUUUAAACAGAAAAAAGAGAGCAUCAAGGAAAGAGAAUGAGACAAAAUUUCUAUGAACAAACAGACACAGUACCUUCCUUCUUAGAUGUGAUGACCAUGGCCUUUACAUCCACAAAAUAAAAUGCCAACAAAAUCAAAUUAACCUCAACAUAGGGACUUUUACAUAUCAGAUAGAUGAUGAUCCUUCCCCACACUUCCACACAAAAAUAUCACCAACUUUUAAUACUCAUUUUGGGAAAGGGUUAGAAAACAGUGUAAGGUUCCAGUUAUAGAAAAAUAAUAAAAUAUAUUGCUCAAGGUAAUGGCUUGAAAGGCAAGGUAAGGACAAAAUCAAAUCGGAGUCAGGAAAAGCUUGUUUUAUUGAAGUUGAAUGUUGGCUCUGAGUUAGACAGUGUAACUAUAUGAAGCAAAUGUGUUACUUUGAUAAAUUUCUCAUCUCUGCUUAUCUGUGCAGAGCAGGACACGUGUUUAUAACUGACAACCAAGCUGCUUUAUAGAUGAGGCCCCACUACAGGGUUCUUUACAUCUUGUCCUUUCUUUGGUUAAAUUCACUGUGGCUCAUAUACCGCCACUAAUGCUUGGACAGGUCUUUUCUCAUCAUGAGAGGAGACCUUAGAAUGGGGUUGCUGUCCUUGCGCCUUGGAUACUGAUCUGAAACAGUGGCCCCCUGAGUUUAUUGUUCAUAAGAUUUUAGUGCCACCGAAACAGCUAAGUUAUUGCCUUGGAAAUAAUUGAAUAAAAAUGGUUACCACUCCCAUGAGGUUUUAAGUAAAAGGUAAAAGACAUUAUUCUGAAAUAAUUUUGAUAUAUACACCAUAUAGUUUUAUUCUAUCUCAAACAAGAAGUCAUGGAUGGAAAGGUAUUUAGAAGCAACUAGCAAAUUCUGUCGUGGUUAAAUAAGUAUUCUCAAUCUCUUCUUCAUCAAGGACACAGAGAGAAGAUGGCACAGAAAAUAUGGAAAUAAAAACCAUCUAAUGUCACUUUCUCCUUUUAAAAAUUGUUAUUUAGUAGUAAUAUGUCAUUUCUAAAUUCAAGAACUUAUUGAA